UUGGCAAAGCUUUGAGACGCUGAUUUGAUGCCCCAUGUUGCAACAUCGCCAGCAUCGAAAUGAAUAAAUUAUACGAAAGUGAAAUCAAUUUGCAUUAGGGCCGCCGACUAGCGAAUGGCCCCCACUAGCACCCCAAGACGAGCGUGUGGAGGAGGAGGACGACUCCGGCAGUACUCUGGCAAGCAGUGUGGCAUGUGAGGGGGGGCGCUGACAAAUUACAUUAUAGUGUCAGGCGAAGGCGAGUGACAUCAGGCCAUCAGACCUUUGGCCCCGACGCAUGUGUGAACGUGGACGUGGAUCUGGAGACUGGAGACCGGGCGCCUCACCUGCCUGCCGCCGCCUGACAGUUGCCGACGGGACCAGGGACGGCACUGUCACGUCUUAGGUUACGCUGCCCUGCUCCCUCCCCACCAUCAAGGUGGUGACCUGUGACCUAGCCCCGGGGGCUAGUUUUUGACAGCUUUGACAGGAUUUGUCCGUCAGCCCGCAGAAGUAUGCUACGCAGCUGCGUGUGCCUCGGAUCCGAUGAGGACGGCAAGCGGCGCGGCUCCUCCGUGGAAGACGCCUCGUCGUGCCGCUCAUCGGAAAUAGAGCGCGUGGGUGCCAGCAUGCAGACGCUGGGUCCGAGUGGCCAGCCCCAGUCGGUGGCCGCCCAGACGACCACACGGGCCUCCAGUCUGCUGCAGCUGUUCCACAGGAAAGGUUGGUGCAAGCACUUUCGCAAGCCUCUGCGGGGAAUGAGCGCCUCCCGUGCCGAAAAAACGAUUCACAUGGAUCCGAGCCAAAAAGACGACGACACCCUGCGUCAAAGGGAAGGAACACCACCAAAGAGGGCCUCCAUAGUUUGUUGGGCCGUUGCUAUCAGAGCGGCAAUAUUUAUCCAAAAAUGGUAUCGCAGGCAUCAGGCACGUCGCGAAAUGGAGAGGCGCUGCAAUUGGCAGAUAUUCCAGAAUCUAGAGUACGCAAGCGAACAGGACCAGGCUGAGCUGUACAAAUUCUUCAAUGACCUCAUCAAACAUAUGCCCCAGGCGGCGGGCAGGAAAAACCAACACCAUGGCGAGUCCAUUAUUUCCCUACUGGACGAAAAGGACGACAUCGUGGAUGAGCUAGGGGAUACUGUGAAUGCCAAAAUAGAGUUGCCAAUUCGUAAGAAUCACAUCGAUCUCCUGAUUGACGUCUUCCGCAAGAAACGGGGCAACCGAUUGCAUCCGAAAUAUGUGGCGCUAAUCCUGCGCGAGGGCGCCAAGUCGCUCAAGCAGUUGCCAAACAUCUCGAUGGUGUCCACCGCAGUGUCGCAGCAGGUCACUGUCUGUGGCGAUCUGCACGGAAAACUCGACGAUCUGCUUGUGGUGCUGCACAAGAACGGUCUGCCUUCAUCUUCCAAUCCAUAUGUCUUCAAUGGCGACUUUGUGGACAGGGGAAAGCGGGGACUGGAGGUGCUGCUGUUGCUGCUGUCCCUGUAUCUGGCAUUUCCCCAGGCGGUUUUCCUGAACCGCGGCAACCACGAAGACAGCGUCAUGAAUGCCCGCUAUGGAUUCAUUCGCGAGGUGGAGGGCAAGUACCCCCGGAACCACAAGCGACUGCUGUUGAUCAUCGACGAGGUCUACCGAUGGCUUCCCCUGGGCUCCGUUCUCAACAGCCGAGUGCUGAUCGUCCACGGUGGCAUCUCCGACAACACCAGCUUGGACCUCAUCAAGAGCAUUGACAGGGGCAAGUACGUGUCCAUUCUGCGACCACCACUCACAGAUGGCGAGCCUCUGGAUAAAACCGAAUGGCAACAGAUCUUCGAUAUCAUGUGGAGCGACCCCCAGGCCGUGAUGGGAUGCGUCCCGAACACCCUGCGUGGUGCGGGCGUUUGGUUUGGCCCAGACGUCACUGAGGGUUUCCUGCAGCGCCAUCGGCUCAGCUAUGUCAUACGCUCCCACGAAUGCAAGCCGAACGGGCACGAGUUCAUGCACGACAACAAGGUAAUCACGAUCUUUUCGGCAUCCAACUACUAUGCGAUUGGCUCCAAUAAAGGAGCCUACAUACGACUCAACAACCAGCUGAUGCCGCACUUUGUGCAGUACAUAUCGGCGGCCUCGCAGUCGAAGCGGCUGUCCUUCAAGCAGCGCAUGGGCAUGGUGGAGAGCUCUGCUCUGAAGGAGCUCGCCGUGAAGAUGCGCGAGCAUCGCGACGAGCUGGAGGAUGAGUUCAGGAAGUUCGAUCCGGACGAUACCGGAUGCAUAACCAUUACGAACUGGUGCUAUGUGAUGGAGAAGGUCACAAAGCUGGGACUGCCCUGGCGUCUCCUACGCGAUAAGCUGGCUCCCGGCACCGACAGCCACAUGGUGAACUAUAACACCACCUUGGAUCUGCUGGACACGGACGUGAUCCUGGAGGCCGAGGCAGAUGGAACCUCAGUCAUGGACGCCUUGUAUGCGAACAAAGCCAGUUUGGUGGCCAUCUUCAACAUCAUCGAUGCUGACAAUUCUGGUGAGAUAACUCUGGACGAAUUCGAGACAGCGAUUGAUUUGUUAACGGCACACAUGCCGGGCGCCUACUCCAAGGAGGAGAUGCUGGAGAAGUGUCGCAUGAUGGAUCUGAAUGGGGACGGCAAGGUGGAUCUGAACGAGUUCCUGGAGGCCUUCAGGCUGAGCGAUGUGCAAAGGAAGCAGCAACAGGACGAGAACAUACGUAGGCGUUCGGAAGUCAGGUCCACCACCAAACCCUCGGACCCCGUGACCGAGCUGGCGGAGCGAAUACACCGGAAUACGGUCAUUGUGGAGCAAGAUAUAGACCCAUCGGACUGCGAGGCAAAAGUAAUCAAACCCGAUAAGGCAUAAAGGCUCCACCGUUACUCACAGGCCGCCGUGACUCAUGGAAGGCCAGACAUAAUCUGUUUAUAUAAACAUGAAAUACCAGGAAAAUUGUUUGUCAUAUACGAAUUAUACUCGUACAGUUCUCCACAGCACUUCUGACGAUCAUUUGGGUGUGUGUGUCUUUUUUUAUCGGUUUUCGCGGAGCAUUUAUAGUAUUUGCGCAAUAUUAAAACAUCUGACAUAAAUUAUACGAGUAUAUGUAGCUAAAUGCAUGUGAAUAUAUUUAUAAAUGAUGAACUAUUAGAUCUCUGCGAAAGCAAAAACUACGGACAGCAAAGUCAUGACACAUUUUGGCUCGUCUGCCGGCCAUUCCCGAAUGCUUUUGAUUUAUAGAACAAUUAUAGAACAUCGUAUAAUACCCGUAUAAACAACCCGUAAUAGUCGUAUUGUGCACUCUAUAGCUUGUGCUUUCUUCAAGUAUAGCCAAAUAUCGUGCACAUUUGUUAUAGCUACAGUACAAGCGUAUAAAUAUAAUAAAAACUAAAGAUAUUUAAUAUUUAUAACGCUUACAACCUAAGCCAAUGGGAUCAAAAUGAAUUUUAUAUUUAAUACAACAAAUACUGCUAGUACCAGAAUUUUGUAAUAAAACCAACGUUUAAACGUUGAUGUUAAAGACAUACAUAUACUAUUCCUAUCUAUAAUUAUAACUACUAUUAAACCCAAGCCAAUUAAACAUUAUACUACUCCAAAUAAAUCUUCAUAAAGCCGCACAAUUUUUAAUGAAAUGAAUGGCCAGAAAUUACAGAAAUUGUAGCAGAAAGAAAUGCCUUCCUAUGGUAACUUUUUUAUGGAUUAAGAAUAAUUUUACAUUUUAUCUGAGAAAAUUAUUUUAGGAAAUUUCUGUGCACGGCUUUUAGGAUUCUAUUAAAUAUUAUUUAAGUUUGUCUAAGAAUCUGUAGAAAAUUUAAAUUAAAUGUAAUCCUUAAAGCAUAGAUAACCUAGGGCUUGGGGAGAUUUAAAUUAUGUACCAAUUAUUUUCAAUUCUAAUUUUCAAGCUGGCUCUAUUAUCCUUCCUUAAAGUACUUCAAGCAAGCACAGGGUUUUCAUGAUUGCAGCUAAGCCUCCUGUGGAAAUGUUUUCUGAUACUUUUACCCUCAAAAACGUUACAGAUAUUAGUUUGAAAUUUAAGAGAGCAUAAAUAUAUAAGUAUGUACUAGUAGUAUUCCCAAAGCCGAUCUGCUAUCAAAAUAUAUGCCAUUUGAGACCAAAAUCAUAUCACUUUGUGCAGUUUUUGUUAGACUAUCCCGUACGUACGUAUGUCCAGCAUAAGAUAAGGUUAGAUUAGAAUCCCGAAACUCACAUUGCCGUGGGCAGAAAUGAAACGACGAUUGUAAUACAUUUAUACAUUUUUACACAAUAUAUUUAUACUGAAAUUUCUUUGGAAUAUCUUGGAACGUUGAAUGUUGCAUGUACAAUGUAUAAAUAUAUGCAAAGCAAUUAAUUACAAUGUAAUGAUGUUGAUAUUGAAAAGACGUAACCCAUACAACAAACGAGUAUGUAGCCAUUUGUGGCCCUCUUCAAUUGAGAUUCUGAAAACAGGUUUUACUUAACAUUCGUAACAGUAUCAAUUGGCCGUCAAAUUCCCCAACUAAACGCAAUGAAAACUUUUAAAACUAGCAAUCCAUUGAUGUUGUGCUAAGUAUUUACUUACUCGUAGUUUAAGUCGUUUGUUUGCAGGGAGUUUGCUCUCCUUUGCUAAGAAUAUACUCACACGAUCGGAAUGGAAUCGAGUACCUAUGAUAGAACUACAACCAAAACGCUUCUCAACAGGCACCGGUAGGACCAAACAAUGUCAUCGUCAAUCGUUGACACACAAAUAACAUUACGCUACGCUAUGGCUAGUUAUCAAUGAACAUUUUACAUACAAAUUACAUACACACUACAUAAAUAUGUUAUUUAAUAUAAGCAUAAGAUACUCGCACCUCUCUCUAUCUCUCUCUCCAAUUUGUAUCUUCAGCGACAUUUAUUAUUCGAUAGUGAAAAUAUUUUCCUGAAAAUAAACUUUAUUAAUUCAUUGCA